GGGAACCUCAUUAUUAAAUAAGUUUUUAAACAGUCGACACACAAUUAGUGGUACUGUCCGCUUGUCAAAUUUAUUCAAUAGUUUCGCCGUCUGUUGUUUUAAAUGUUGAAGCCGAUAAUAUUGGACGUUGAGUGCAUCGUUUGUAAUAAAACGUUGCAAAAAAUUAAUCACGAUCCCCAAGAAGUUGCGCGUAAAAUGGUAAAAAUUACGAACAGACGAUCACGGACUCCGAAUUGGUCUUUAGAAGAAAAACAAUGCCUACUAGAGCUAAUUAAGGUUCAUAAAGAGAUUGUUAUAACUAAAAGCAACAACGGUCCAAAUCAUUCCGAGGAGAAAGAUGUCGCUUGGAACGAGAUACUUAGAAAACUGGCUUUAAAGUUUGGGAGUAAGUUUAAUGCAUUUUCAAUUAAGAAGGUGAAGACUCAAUGGCAGAACAUGAAACGUAUAGCUCGCGAGGAGAUCACAAAUAAUGGACCGGCUCUCGAAAAAUAUUCAAGACAAUCAUUAGAAGUGUGUAGUAUUCUAGAUAUAAUAAGAGAUGGUGUGCUUAAAACAGAAGCUGAACAUUGUUCUGAACCUUCACUUACAGCUAAUAUUGAAAUCAAGACUGAAUGUGUAGAUGAAGAUAUAAGUCAACCAAGUUGCAGUGGUGAGAACAGUUUUACAUACCCAGAAAAUUCUCAAGAAAAAACCAAUGACACUAUCACUUUAGAAUCAUCAUCUUCCACCAUAUCUGAUCAAAUAUCAGACAUGGAUGCUGAUCUGCCUGAAGAGUUACAAAACAUGAGAAAGAAAUCAACCUUUUCAAUGACUGAAUCCACAUACUUUGACAAUGUUACUAAUAAUAUUCCAUUUCAAAAAGAAAUACAAGAAUUUAUAAGAUAUACAGAAAAGGAGAAGCAAUUAAAAAUGGAGUCCUUGAAAGAAGAGCGUCAAGUGGUUAGGGCUAUGAGGGAGACUGCAGAAUUGAAUAAAAUUAUUGCAGAACAAAAAUUGAAGCAUGUACUCUGGAUUAAAAAGCAGGAAAUGGCGUAA